CCUAUCUUCUGUGCAUUGCGCGAACCUAAGAAAAUCGAACACCACAUUUCUACUUAAAAAUGGUGACGAAAUCUUCAAGUUAUAAUAUGGAGUAGUCGUAGCUGGCGUUGUGAUUGGAGAAUGCAAGCCAGGUGCCAAUCAGCUGUAGCAAGGUCGCGCUUGCAAUUGACUUUGCGUGUAAAUCGCAUUCCACCUCCAAAUCCACCAACCAUUUUUUUUCUCUUUUUACUUUCACUUUUUCAAAGUUGUAAUUGGGUAUCCUAGUAACGAACCUUGCGAACCUAUUCAUCGCCUUUUUCGAUCUAUACGAGGAACCGAAGACCCGAAUUGAAAGAUGCCACCGAAACAAUCCUCAACCAGCACCCGCGGCCGAGGCGCGUCCUCAGCCGCCUCCCGAUCCACGAAGGCGUCCAAAGCCCAGGCUUCCACGACGGCGGGGUCCUCCUCUCGAGCGCGCGGCCAGAGCCUGCAGUCGCCGCAGCAGGUGAUCGGCUCGGACGAGGACCCGUUCGCGGAGGACGAGAGGUCGCAGCAACAGCAGGGGCGGGGCAGGGGAAGGGGGAGGGAAGACGACGCUAUGGAAGUUGAUGACGAGAGAGGAGAUGGGGAGGAGAGCGAAGAAGAAGAGAGGAAGACGAUACCGCCGGAGCUGCUGACGCACGUGCUGCACCAGUUCUUCGAGAAGGACGGCACGAGGGUGUCGAAGGACGCUAAUGCGGCGAUCGCAAAGUACAUGGAUAUCUUCGUGCGGGAGGCGAUUGCGAGGACGGUGGUGGAGAAGGAGAAGGGGUUUCUUGAGGUUGAGGACUUGGAGAAGGUCGCGCCGCAAUUGUUGCUUGACCUAUGAGAGACCAAGAUUGGGAUGGGAAGUUGUAUGCUUCCUAACGGCAAGAAUUGGCGUGUGAAUAAUCUGCGUUAUGGGAUGUGCCCUGGCAUGAGCAUCAUGGACAUCAUGAACAUCAAGAUCGACUGUAACAAAACAGUAUCAACCGGCACUUUUAGUUACAUAAGCGACCCAUGAGAUCGAUCUACGGUACCACUUUCGUGAAAACCUUGGCACCUUUUAAUGCUCAUUCGUUUCGUCCUGCCGCUAGGCUGAAUUCUCGGAGGGUUUUGAAAGAUCUGUUUCUAUGCAGAAGCGGAAAUACUAUUUGACAGCAAGCCUGUUACUAAAGCCUCGUAUGAAUACGCGGCAACAAUGCCACAGCCUGGCGUCGACAUCGUCAUAUCUUCACAAGAAUGUUUUAGCGCCUAUCUAUUCUAAGACUCCCUUGCUCUUCUGCAUGGCCCGAAUACGUUUUGAGUACUACGAUGGCUCGAUUAUGGACAUUUGCCUCUCAAUUUAGUAUCAAGAAAGCUUCAUGACGGUUCCAAAAAUGAU